CAUGACCCAUUUGUCCCUGUCACAGCUCCCGUGUGUCCUCACCAAGACCGCACUUCCCGAAGGAGUCGACUAGACAACGGUUGGUUUAUUCUACAGGUGCCUUUGGCCUCAUCCCCCUGUGAGCCCCUGCUAACCCAUAUUAAGCCCUACGAAGUGCACACUCUGAAGUGCACACUCUGGAGAAAACUUCUCUUCUGCCAGUAAUUCAUAUUUCUCAUUGAGAGAUGAAGAUGUGUGUCCCACUACUGAUGGCUGUGCUGCCUAUCAUACAGGCAGUGUGUCCAGACAGGGAGCCCGGCCUGCAGCCAUGGACCCCCGGCCACAGUGAAGCCCACCAUGUUACCAUUGGUUACGGCAGAAAGGUCAUCCUCACCUCUUCAGCUACUGUCCACUCCAUAGAGAUCCUCAACGGAGGAAAGUUAGUGAUAGCAGACUCGUAUCGUCCCAUCCUACUGCGUACCAAACACAUUCUGAUCGGCAACAGAGGACAGCUGCACAUAGGAAGUCCUGACUGCCCGUAUAAGGGCAACCUUACCAUCUCCUUAUUUGGAAGGUCUGACGACACAGACACAGAGCACAGUUACUUUGGCCGUAAGUACAUUGGUGUGGGGACAGGAGGGACACUGGAGAUCCAUGGGGAGAAGAAGCUGUCGUGGACCUUCCUCAACAAGACUCUGCACCCAGGGGACAGCGAGGACAACAGCUACCUGUUCGAGAGGGGCUGGGGAAACCGGGGUAUCAUAGUUCACGUCAUUGACCCCAAGACUGGAGAAGUGCUCCACAAUGAUAGGUUUGACACAUACCGCAGUAAAGAAGAGAGUCGUCGCUUGGCCCAGUAUGUAGAUGUGGUAGACAAUGGGAUGAUUCUGGCCAUGGUGGUCAACGACGAGGGGUCUAACAACCUAGAGGACUCGGCCAGGAAGAUCCUCACCAAGCUGGGGAGUAAAGACUUCCACCGCCUGGGCUUCCGUCAUUCCUGGAGUUUCAUUGCGUUGAAAGGCAACUCGUCCUCUGCAGUGGAGGAUCAUGCUAUCUAUCAAGGGACCAAAGCCUCCUCGGAAGCUCGUAGUUCACGCAUGUUCCAGUCAGAAUACGGAGAGCACUUCACCAUCACCACCUCCAGCCAAUGGGUGCAAGAGGCAGAGUGGACUGAGUGGUUUGACAGAGAUGAUGAGAGAGGAUCAGGAGACUGGGAGAAGCUGUCUGACCUCCACAAGGCUUACCCUGACCGCCUCUGUAGCACCCCCAUGGAUAUACAGGCUGAGUCCCAUGAUGGUGUGCCAUCUAACGAGACAGGAGACGUCAUCUAUAAGUCUGACAGGGACUACGGCUUCGUCUGUCUCAACAAGGACCAGAGCCACGGCCUCUGCCACAACUACCGAGUACGCUUCCUCUGCGGUAAACUAGUGCGUCCCCAGGCCUCCAUCUCUAUAGAGCGUCUGUCCAACAGCACUGUCCUGGAGUUAGCUGAGCCAGCUGAAGGCUGGGGCCCAGGAGACAGACUGGUGGUGGCCAGUACUGACUACUCUAUGCACCAGGCUGAGGAGUUCACCAUACUACCCUGCCCUGCCUGUGGGCCCACACAGGUUAAAGUCCAAGGUAAGCCAGUGUUCCUCCACAUGGGUGAGGAGGUGGAUGGGGUGGACAUGAGGGCAGAGGUCGGUCUGCUGAGUCGCAACAUCCUGGUGCGCGGCGAGAUGGAACCUCGUUGCUACGACAACGAGGCCUGCAAGUUCUUCGCCUUCGACACUUUCGGGGGACACGUGAAGGUGGAGCGUGGCUUUAAGUCUGUGCAGGUGUCUGGUGUAGAGCUGCAGCACAUGGGUCAACAGUCUAUGGGUCACUACCCUGUCCACUUCCAUAUGAACGGAGACGUGGACCAGAAGGGAGGCUACGAUCCCCCCACCUCCGUCAGCGAUCUGUCCAUCCACCAUACCUUCUCCCGCUGUGUCACUGUGCACGGCUCUAACGGCCUACUGGUAAAGGACGUGGUGGGCUAUGAUGCUCUGGGACACUGUUUCUUCACUGAGGACGGUCCUGAGGAGAGGAACACUUUUGACCACUGCCUGGGGCUGAUGAUCAGAGCUGGUACCCUGCUGCCCUCCGACAGGGACAGCAAGAUGUGUCGCGAUAUCACACAGGGAGCCUUCCCCGGAUAUGUGGCCAACCCACGACAAGACUGCAGCGCUACGUCCACCUUUUGGAUUGCCAACCCCAAUAACAACCUCAUCAACUGUGCAGCAGCAGGCUCAGAGGAGACAGGUUUCUGGUUCCUCUUCCACCAUGUGCCUACGGGAGCCUCUGAGGGCAUGUAUUCUCCUGGUCGCACCGAACACACACCUAUGGGCCAGUUCACCAACAAUAGGGCCCACUCCAACUACAGGGCUGGGAUGAUCCUAGACAACGGUGUAAAGACCACACAGGCCAAUGACAAGGACAAGAGACCCUUCCUUUCUCUCUCUCUCUCUAGAUAUGGACCCCACCAGGAUGCGGAUCCCUUCAAGCCCCGUGUCCCAGCUCUCAUCCACCAUUUUGUGGCCUACAAGAACCAGGACCACGGAGCCUGGCUGAGGGGAGGAGAUGUCUGGCUGGACGACUGCCAAUUUGCUGAUAAUGGAAUUGGCCUAACACUGGCUAGUGGUGGUACAUUCCCUGAUGACGAUGGUUCUCGUCAGGAGGUGAAGAACAGUCUGUUUGUUGGGGAGAGUGACAACAGGGGCAUGCCCAUUCCUGACAACCGUAUCUGGGGUCCCGGGGGACCCGACCUCAAUGGGAGGACCCUGCCUCGAGGAGUUGACUUCCCUAUCCGCGGCAUGCAGAUCUACGACGGGCCCAUCAACGUGCAGAACUGCACCUUCAGAAAGUACAUUGCCCUGGACGGUCGACACACCAGCGCCUUCGGGUUCAGACUCAACAACUCCUGGCAGAGCUGCCCUAACAACAACGUCACCGACAUCACCUUCGACAAUGUGCCUAUAACGUCCCGGGUGUUUUUCGGCGAGCCCGGCCCAUGGUUUAACAAGAUGCAGAUGGACGGUGACAAGACCACGAUAUUCCACGAUGUGGACGGCUCGGUCAGUGAGUACCCUGGAGCCUUCCUGGUCAAAGAGGACAACUGGUUACUGAGACACCCUGACUGUAUUGACGUGCCUGACUGGAGGGCUGCCAUCUGUAGUGGGCAUUAUGCACAGAUCUACAUACAGACACGUAACCCUGCCAGUCUGAACAUGCAGAUGGUAAAGGAUGAGUACCCUGACAGACCCCUGACACUAGAGGGCGCUCUGGGCAAGAGGAAGCACUACCAGCAGUUCCAGCCCGUGGUCACCCUGGGUAAGGGCUACACUGUACACUGGGACCAGGCUGCUCCUGCAGAGAUCACUGUGUGGCUCAUCAACUUCAACAGGAACGACUGGAUCAACGUGGGAUUCUGCUACCCGCCAGGCACCACCUUCACGAUCAUCUCGGACAUCCACAACCGGUUGACCAAGCAGACAAGGAAGACCGGUGUGUUCAUGAGGACCACACAGAGAGACAAGAUCAACCAGUCUCACCUGUCCCGAGGCUAUUACUACUGGGAGGAAGAUACCGGCCUGCUGUUUCUCCGAGUGAAGGCCCACAAUGAGAAGGAGGACUUUGCCUUCUGUUCAGUGAAGGGCUGUGAGAGGGUUAAAAUCACAGCCGUUAUCCCUAAGGGCAGCGGCCCCAGUGACUGCAUGACACAGGCCUACCCCCUGCACGCAGAGAUGCCCAUCGUAGAUGUGCCCAUGCCAAGGAAACUGCCCAGCGCCAAGCUGCGCACCACAGACCACUUCCUAGAGGUCAAGCUGGAGUCCUACAACACACGCUUCUUCCACAUCAAGGAGGACUUCGCCUACACAGAGGUUAACGGCAGGAAGUUGUACCAGCCAGAUGAUGGGGUGCAGCUGACGGUGAUGGACGGCCAUGAUGGGAGACUGGUGGAGAGCAAAGGCUUCAGGAACUCCAUACUGCAGGGUGUACCUGCCCAGAUAGAGGGCUAUGUUAACAACCUGACAGACCACUCUAUCGUCAUAAUAACGUCUAAGGGUCGUCUGGUGACUCGGGGCCCCUGGACCAGAAUACUGGAACUCCUCGGAGCUGACAAGACCCUCAAGUUGAGAGACAAGCUCACGUUUGUAGGCUUCAAGGGCACUUUUCGACCUGACUGGGUCCGUAUGGAGGUGGAUGAGGAGAGAGCUAAGAUCCAUCAAGUCCUCCCUAUCCCUGUGGUCAAGAAGAUUAAGCUAUGAGAGGAGAGAGGAGAGGAGGAACCAGGUGUAGUGGGGGGCACACACGAGACUACACCUCCCACACAACACACACACACUGCCCCUAGGGCUGGAGUAGGUCAAAGUUGUUCCUAUAACUACUGGUCCAAGAUCAGAUGUUUUUCACCACUAAAGAAUAAUUAAGGUAAUCUGAUCCUAGAUCUGUGGUUAGGGACGGUUUCAACCCGGUGCUACAGAGUGUGGGCCGGCCAAUCAAACGCAUGCGUUUUUCUGUCACCUAUCAACUUCCCCGCCUUGCAGGUCUCUGUUUAUGUGACAAUGUUGACUAUGUGAGUGAUUCGACUGUAUCGUUCAUUUGACUAUACAUGACUUUUAAAACGCAAGGAGAAAAAAUGACCAACAAACAUUUCUUGUUUUUCAUCCUACUCAGAGACAGAUUUCCUAAAUGUUUGCACCUGUGUUUUCCAGUGGGAAGUUAACGUCGUUUAACACACUAGAACAAAAAUGUAGACCAAUGAAGUAGAAGAGAGAGAUUAAGUGACUUUUAAAGUAGAACCAAAAGGUCAAUUACAGGUUAAAGGCCCAGUGUGGUCAAAAACAUGAUUUUCCGGUGUUUUAUAUAUAUUUCCACACUGAGGUUGGAAUAAUAGUGUGCAAUUAUGAUAAUGCCCUUUUCGUGUAAGAGCUGUUU